AGAUGUCAGCUGUUCCCGUAGGGUCUAAAACUAAGCCGGCAGGCACAGGUCACCCCCAGAGCUUGUGCUCAAGGAGUGGUGGACGCUCAGGUCAGGUGGGGGUGUUCCCAGCGGGUCGCCCGAAGCAGCACUGGUUGAUGGUCCCAAGUGGUGAUUUUGAGUCCUGUUAGCAGUGAUCUGUGUUUGAGAACCAAGUAACCAUCAAAGAGAUUCGAAAGGAAGUAAGAUGGAUUUUGUCAAUCCCCGCGUAUGUCUUCUCUUGAACCACAUUUUCUAAGAUGUCAUUCUUAAUUUUAUUGCAUCUGGGUAAAGUGCCUGAACGUGUAAUCAUUAAUUUGUCAGCUGGCGAGAGGAUGAAGGAAGAUGUGUCUUCAUGUGUACACUUUGAGGCCUGUUGACUAGCGUUUUGAGGCAUUUGUUGAAUUAGGCCGUAGGUAGAUUCGGAGUUAAGAUUUGUUUGCGAUGUCAGAAAAGUAACGGCCUGGUAGAAACGGCCAGAGAUCAGGAAACAGUUCUGUUAUUACCGUUGUCAUUGACUAACUGCCUUAUCUUGGGCACAUUUCUUACCCAUUGUAGCUUUGAUUUUCCUUAUUUGCAACAUUAAGAUAAACAGAUGAUGUUUGGGGGUGCUUUCAGUUCGAAAAUUCGGUGGCUUUCUUAACUGAAAGAUUCUUAGAAAUCACAGUGUAUAUUUUGAGAGGUUCUACAUAAAAGUGCUCGCAAUGUGUGUCUUUAUUAAAAUUCAUUUGGAAAAAACAUCUUGGUAGCUAGAUCCAGAAUGGUUUUAUAUGAUUAUUUGAAGAGAUUUUUAACAAUGUAUUUCAAUGUGCUUAAAAAUUAUAUGUAUUUUUAUGGAGGUAUGUAUAACCUACCGAAAGAUCUUAAGGGUACAAUUCAAUGACUUUUUAUAUAUGUAUAUGCCCUGAUAACCACACUCAGAUCAAGAUAUGGAACAUUUUCAGGCCUUGUAUCCUUUCCAUUCAGUAAACACAUUCGCCCUCCCCAAGGCAACCACAAUUCUGACUUCUGUCACCACAGAUGAGUUUUGCCUCAAAACAGGACCCUUUUGAGGGUUAAAGGGGCAAUACUAACAAACUGAGGAUAGCUUGUAUGUAAACUUGGAGUUAUGGCCGUGUUGGCCAUGACCCUUUGCUUUUAUAAUGAUUCUUAGGGUUUUUGUAAUCCAGAAUAUCUUAAAAUUCUGUCCUGAGGAACUUCUUAGAAGGUCACUUUUCAGUGGGGGCAAUACUUUGCAGGUUACGAUUGGUAGUUCUUGGGAGUCCUUAUGUUCACAGACAAUGGUAUUAAUCUAUGACUUCCCAUUUUUAGAAUAUAGGUACUAUAUAUUUGUAGACAACAGAUUUGAAGAAUGAAUCAUGAAUUUUCCUAACAAGUUAGAGUUUAAGGUGUCAGUAGAUGAAUCAGUUUCUUAAUGCCUAGAAUUUGCUGAGAAAAUUGAAUGAAAAUUGGUUUCUUAAAGUUAAGUGAAUUAAGAAUGUGUGCGUGAAGCUUUAACAACCUUUUCAAUGACAGCAGUUGACUUAUAUAUACAGGAUAGUCAGCUGGUUUAUCAAAUCAUUUAAAGUCCAACAAUGAAAGCAAAAACAAAAGGUUAACAAAAAUUAUGUCAGGUGUGAUUAAAAAAAUCAGCAUGACUAAGAUACCUUUUUUUUUUUUUAUUAACCCUCUCUCUAGGAAGGUGGACUUUUAAAUAUUCUCCACUGAAGCAAAUGCUGCAACAAUUUGCAUUUCCUUCACCAAUGUCUUCUUGUGCCUUUUCUUGUUUCUACUGUAAAGGAGAUGGGUUAGAUGUUCACUUUCAUUUGGACCCGUGGAUACCCAUUGAACAGAUGCUUGAAACCUGCAAGUAAUCUGCAGAUCUUAGCAGAACUAUAGGCCUUUCCUUUGUGUUGGGAGGAUAUAGCCUAUAUGCUGUGGAAAUGAACGGGGAGCAGCAGCUUGAUGCAGAUGCCGGCUCUGGUAUGGAAGAGGUAGAAUUAAGCUGGGAAGAUUAUCUAGAAGAAACAGGGUCCACAGCAGUUCCCUAUGGGUCUUUUAAACAUGUGGACACACGUUUGCAAAAUGGAUUUGCUCCUGGGAUGAAGCUGGAGGUGGCUGUUAGAACAGAUCCUGAGACCUACUGGGUUGCCACCAUUAUCACCACCUGUGAGCAGUUGCUCCUUCUCCGCUAUGAUGGCUAUGGGGAGGAUCGGAGAGCAGAUUUCUGGUGUGACAUCAGGAAGGCUGAUCUCUACCCCAUUGGGUGGUGUGAGCAGAAUAAGAAGACCCUUGAAGCCCCAGAAGGCAUCAGAGAUAAAGUAUCUGACUGGGAUGAGUUUCUGCGGCAGACCCUGAUAGGAGCAUGUAGUCCUCCUGUUCCGCUGCUAGAGGGCCUCCGUAAUGGGAGGAAUCCUUUAGAUCUCAUUGCUCCAGGAUCCAGACUAGAAUGUCAAGCUUUCCAGGACUCUUUAAGCACUUGGAUUGUUACUGUAGUAGAAAACAUUGGAGGAAGGCUGAAGCUACGUUAUGAAGGACUUGAAAGUUCUGACAAUUAUGAACAUUGGUUGUAUUACUUGGAUCCAUUUCUUCAUCACGUUGGUUGGGCUGCUCAACAGGGAUAUGAGCUUCAGCCCCCUUCAGCCAUCAGACAUCUAAAAAAUGAAGCUGAGUGGCAAGAGAUUUUGGCCAAAGUGAAAGAGGAAGAGGAAGAGCCAUUACCAUCUUACUUAUUUAAGGACAAACAAGUUAUUGGCAUUCAUACAUUCUCUGUAAACAUGAAAUUGGAAGCUGUAGACCCCUGGUCUCCUUUUGGGAUCUCUCCUGCUACAGUUGUUAAGAUUUUUGAUGAGAAGUACUUUCUGGUGGAAAUGGAUGACUUGCGUCCUGAGAACCACGCACGGCGAUCCUUUGUGUGCCACGCCGACAGUCCUGGCAUCUUCCCUGUGCAGUGGAGUCUGAAGAAUGGCCUACACAUCAGCCCCCCUCCAGGCUACCCAAGCCAGGACUUUGACUGGGCUGACUACCUCAAACAGUGUGGUGCUGAAGCUGCUCCCCAGAGGUGCUUCCCUCCGUUAAUUUCUGAACAUGAAUUUAAGGAGAACAUGAAGCUCGAGGCGGUGAACCCCAUUCUCCCUGAAGAAGUGUGUGUUGCUACCAUCACUGCAGUGAGAGGCUCCUACCUGUGGCUCCAGCUGGAGGGUUCUAAGAAGCCUAUACCUGAAUGUAUUGUGAGCGUGGAAUCCAUGGAUAUAUUUCCUUUGGGCUGGUGUGAAACCAACGGCCACCCACUCAGCACUCCUCGCCGAGCACGAGUAUAUAAACAGAGGAAAAUUGCAGUGGUUCAGCCAGAAAAACAAGUACCAUCCUCGAGGACUGUCCACGAGGGCCUGAGGAAUCAGGAGCUGAACUCCACAGAGUCAGUUAUGAUUAAUGGAAAAUAUUGCUGUCCAAAGAUAUACUUCAACCACCGUUGCUUCUCAGGGCCAUAUCUUAACAAAGGAAGAAUUGCUGAGCUGCCUCAAUGUGUAGGACCUGGGAACUGUGUUCUGGUCCUUAGAGAGGUCCUCACUUUACUUAUCAAUGCAGCCUACAAACCCAGCCGUGUCCUUCGGGAGCUCCAGCUGGACAAAGACUCUGUGUGGCAUGGAUGUGGGGAAGUCCUAAAAGCCAAAUAUAAAGGAAAGAGUUAUCGGGCUACUGUUGAGAUAGUGAAAACAGCAGAUCGGGUGACUGAAUUCUGCCGGCAAACCUGUAUCAAACUGGAAUGCUGUCCUAACCUCUUCGGUCCACGGAUGGUUCUGGAUAAGUGUUCUGAGAACUGUUCUGUACUUACAAAGACCAAAUACACACACUAUUACGGAAAGAAGAAAAAUAAAAGAAUUGGGAGGCCACCUGGUGGGCAUAGUAACUUAGCUUGUGCCCUGAAAAAAGCCAGUAAGAGGAGAAAGAGGCGGAAAAAUGUUUUUGUUCAUAAGAAGAAACGCUCCUCUGCAUCUGUUGAUAAUACCCCAGCGGGCUCUCCCCAGGGAAGUGGGGGUGAAGAUGAGGAUGACCCAGAUGAAGGGGAUGAUGAUUCCCUAAGUGAAGGCAGUACAUCCGAGCAGCAGGAUGAGCUACAGGAAGAAUCAGAAAUGUCAGAAAAAAAGUCAUGCUCCUCUUCUCCCACCCAAAGUGAGAUAUCCACAUCGCUGCCUCCAGAUAGACAAAGGAGAAAAAGGGAGCUUCGCACCUUUUCAUUUUCUGACGAUGAAAAUAAACCUCCUUCACCAAAGGAAAUAAGGAUCGAAGUUGCUGAAAGGCUUCACCUGGACAGUAACCCCUUGAAGUGGAGUGUGGCAGACGUUGUGCGGUUCAUCAGAUCCACUGACUGUGCUCCAUUAGCAAGAAUAUUCCUAGACCAGGAAAUUGAUGGGCAGGCCCUGUUGCUCCUUACCCUUCCCACUGUUCAAGAAUGCAUGGACUUAAAAUUGGGCCCUGCCGUCAAACUUUGCCAUCACAUAGAGAGGAUCAAGUUUGCUUUUUAUGAGCAGUUUGCCAACUGAGAAGGACAACCAAAGUGAGCUGGAUCUUUGAAGCACAAAUGCAGCAAAUCCUUCACCCUGCUUUAUAAGUGGAGCUGGAAUAGUCCUGGGGCUCUGGGGCCUGCAGGUAUCAGCUUGCUCUCUUUGCACUUUCGGGGAAGGAGGACUCACAGUGAGGAAGCAAAAACUGUGCACAGAAGUGGAUCACCUGCUGGUGGAAAUGUGGACAUCUCUUGUUCAGCAGAUGGCAGUUUUUAAAAAAUAAAGAUUGUGAGGAAAAGACUUAUAUAAGAAGAAAAGCAUUUCCAGUGGUGUGGCCUGAAAACAAAGAAUAACCUAGGCUGCUGGAAAGCACCCUUUUGGUUGUUUUCAUUCUGUUUCCUCCCAUUGUAGAUUGAACUUUGUUCUCUGCUUUCUUUUUCUUGGAAAGAGAGGACUUAGCUUUAAGUCAGCACUGAUUUGGGACUGUUCCUAAGGCAUAUCAGUGCUUCAUUGUCAUUGUGUUUUUAAGCUUUUUAAAAUUAAAACAGUUCAUUUUGGGGAUGAU